GGCUUCCCGGCAGUGCCUGUGUGAGGAGACGGUAGGCGUAGCGGACAAGGCAGCCAUCUUGGGCUUCAUAGCAGGGCCGGAGCAAGGGUAUGUCAGAGUCCCUUUACCAGUCGGAGAUGAACAGCAACGCUCGGAGAGAUUUUUUGCUAACACUAGCGGGAAUUCAAAUGGCGGAUGGACAAAGGUGUUACAAGAUUUGAUAAAAUGGAGGGAAAUCGUGUUACCAGAGGCAGUGGCGUUUUCCAACUCACUGAGCACUUAUUUCACGGAAGAAGAACAACCCCGCCUUGAGCAAGACUUGAACAGAACCACAAGAAUCUUCGAGAACAGUCCCGCCGAUGUUCUAUCGACUACAGUGAGACAAGAUCGUUAUUUCUCAUACACGGGGAGUUCAUGUGCGUUCGAAUAUGUGCUCUUGACGAGACCUGGUGAACCGGAGUCGUCCUCGUUCGAAUUGGUCAUUUUCGGUCCUGGCGAUGACUUCGGGAGACGUGGAUGAGGUAUCGGGAAUGCUAAUAAUGUUGAAUGUGAUCAUCGAACAGUAUAAAACAAUUU